AUGGCUGCUAAUAAUGCAUACCAAUUGGAUCCCGGUCCACUUGAUCCGUCUGUAUUAAAUGGAAAGCUCACUCAUAGGUCACGAGAUAUAUGGAUAGGGAAUGAUGAUAUGAUUUUGAACACAAGAAAAUAUGAUGGGAAGUUUUGGGACCUAGUAAAUGAGCAUCCCAUUCAUCCACGAGUCCUAGAUGUGAUUAAACUAUCUGGAAUAUAUAGUGUUUAUAGGACGGGUGAGAGUACAAUCACUUUACCGGACGUGGAGAUAUUGUAUGGCUUACCUGUGAAAGGUAAUGCAGUAGUUGGGUAUGAGCCACAGAGGUCUGUAGUGGAUUGGAAAAAUAUUUGUCAAAGAUUAUUAGGUUUUAGUCCACAACCUCAAGACUUUAAACAUAGUAGUCUCAAGGUUUCUGCGCUUAAUGCACACUUGCGACUUCAACCACGAUUACCCGACUUGGCAACACAGGAUAUGGUCAAUGAGAAAGCUAGGUGUUAUAUGUUUUGGAUGAUUGUUGGUUUACUAUUAGCAGACACAUCUGGUGGUCUUUUAAAGCUUAUGUACUUGCCUAUGCUGGAGGAUAUCACUACAGUAGGGUCUUACAGUUGGGGUAGUGCAACCCUAGCAUAUUUGUAUCGUUUUCUUUGUAAAGCCUCCCAAAGUAGCCAAAAUGAGAUUGCUGGAUUCCUACCACUACUUCAGUUUAUUUGGGAACCAUAUUCUUCUGACAUAAUUGAGAGUCUUCCCGAAUAUUGCCGCGUUGGAAGAGACAUAUGGCGUGCUAGAGUUCCAAUUUUUUGUUGGGAUGUUGUUGAGGUUCAUUUACCCGAUCGAGUUAUGAGACGUAUUACUCGUUUUGUCAUUGGUAAUCCUAUUUCGAGUCCUCAACAACAACAAGGUUACGUGCCUAAUGCAACGACAUACGAAACAAUGGUGCGUCAUAUUCAUUUGAUGGUUAAUAAAGCAAUAUCUCUCAGUGAAAAUCCAUCAAUGGAGGAAUUUUACGGGUUUUGUGCAAUGGUGCGGGAUGAAGGAUCUAAUUGUUUGGCAUAUGUGCAAGAGGCAGAUAGGACUCAGUUCAAGCAAAUUAUAGAAGAGAGGAUCUAA